GCGCGUCUUCCACCGUGGUGACUUGGUCAAGCCCAACAGGAGCCAGCGCAACACAGUUCGAAUCGACGGCACCGCCAUCAGGAAACGUGAUUUUACAGUUGAAAUUGUCGCAUACAUCAGCUAUCUCGUCAAUUUGAUUGCCAACGCCCCGUCGCUGCGAAGAUGCCGGCCGGUCGACGAUCAGGCCGCGCCGCCGCCAAACGUGCGGCCGCUGCUCUAGAAAACACGCCUAAGGGAUUCGCAGAUUUGGACGACGAGCUCAUGCCCGACGCGGACGCAGACAUGUCUGAGCUUCAAACAAAAGACGAUGACGAUGAAGAACACAUUGAGCCCCCUGAGGAAGAGAAUGGCGAUGGCUCAGAUGGCGACGGCGACGGUGACGGUGAGGCGGAAGGCGACACCACCGUCAACGUAAAAGAGGAAGGAUUGGAGCCAGAGGCCGAAGCCAACAAAGAGUCCUCGCCUCCGCGUACAAUCACCAUCAAAAAGCGUCGUCCUGGCCGCCCUCCCAAGAACAGAUCUCCCGAGUAUGAACUCAUUACCAUCGACAUUAGAGACCUGGAGCAGCCCAAGAAGCGAGGGCGAGGCGGAUGGAGGGGCCGCGGAGGCCGCAAGGGCGCGAUGGCUGCGAAGCCCGAGCAAAUCAUUGACGCUGAAGGAACUGUUGCCGAUAUUGUAGACGACGAGUGUGUGUUGCCCGAAGACCCCGAAGGCGAGACCAAGGUUGACAAGCUUGGUAACCUCAACGACGGCCGCGACUACCGAUGCCGAACAUUCACAGUCCUCGGACGCGGCAACAGACAGUACAUGUUGUCUACAGAACCCGCACGAUGUGUCGGUUUCCGUGACAGUUAUCUCUUCUUUACGAAACACCGCAAGCUUUACAAGAUUAUCGUUGACGAUGAGGAGAAGCGGGACAUGAUUGACAGAGACAUCAUCCCUCACUCGUACAAGGGUCGUUCGAUAGGUAUUGUCACAGCCCGCUCUGUGUUCCGAGAAUUCGGUGCCCGUAUUAUCGUUGGUGGAAAGCGCGUUAUCGACGACUAUGCUGUGACGCGGGUCAAGGCAGAGGGCGCCGUCGAGGGCGAGCUCGCGGAUCCAGCAGAUAUCAUUGUUCCCGGCGAACCCUACAACAAGAACCAAUACGUUGCCUGGCACGGAGCCAGUGCUGUCUAUCACACAAACGUGCCCUCGGUACCAGAUCCCACGGGCAAGCCGGAAUACAAGAAGCGCAAGGUGAAUGUCAACGAUACAAACUGGAUGCUCGAGCAUGCUCGCGAGGCCAGCACUUUCAAUGCAAACAUCAACUCUGUGCGAAAGCUCAACAACAAUGGCGUUUACGACAUCCAUACCAAUGUCAUUCAGUACCCUGCCGUCAUGCAGCCCACGCAGGCGCGAAUUGUCCAAGUGGCUCCUGGUGACGACAAGGUAGCUACCGCUACUUUCCCCGCGGUGCCGCUCAAGAUUGCACGCAACUUCAUGGUGGCAGAUGUCAUCUACCAGAGCCCGUCUGGCGUCGGUCCAUCGGCUGCAUCUGCAGCAUCGGACGCCGCCGACAUGCGAGCCGCGUUCCACAGCCUCGAGGCUGUCCCUGACGACGUCAAGGCCUUGCUGCCGCCAGAUUGCCGCAAGGCUUUUGAUGCAGCCAUUAACAAGGACAAGGAGUGGAAGGCUCAAUGGGGCACGGAGAGCAGUGCCUCGUCACGACGACAACCCAUCAUCGACAAGGCUAUUGUGCCCUACAGCAAGGGCUAAAUGGUUUAAAAAGAGUGGUGGCGAUAGAGCAAUGAGUUGAUUUUAAAGAAAGUGUAGCGACACAUGAACUUGGGAGCCACCGAGAGGCGUUUGGUUGCAAUUGACAUUAUGGGCUUGGAACACGAUUUUUCGCAUGUAUAUUACAAAGUGUGUGGUUUCAGAGUGUAGUAGCUGUAGCUAGGCCUGUAAUAUCGUGAUUUUUAUUGUUACAUCGAAGAAAACUCCUGUACAGUGUGUGCCUGGAAUUCCCCUCCAAAGCAGUAUAUGGGGAUAUCGUAAAGUAAAUAGUAUCCGCCCGGACGGCUGCUUAUAACCCAAUCCGGGGUAUAUCUUUGUCGACGGAAGCACAGUGGCUUUCAGUCUGCCAGAUGCUCCCGCCAGCUCCAAUUGAAAUGUUGGGACUGUAAAGAUCCCAUGCCAAAAAAAAUUGUUCCACUCGGGUAUUUGCUCGUUCCCUCGCGGUCAACCCGUCACCCUGACUCCUUUUCCAUGUUAAAGGUCAUCUAAGUUGCGCCAAGACAAUAAUUGGUCAAUAAACUGCAUUUAAGCAGCACCGACGAGGAUGUUGUUGAUGGGGAUGUGGACUAAGAAGAAGCGAAAUGUCAGCACGUGCAACCAACCACAUAUACAGCUUGCUUUGCUGAGCCCGUGUAUUAUGAAUCGAAUACUUACUCAGCUUGACGACGUAGCCAACAGUGCCCAUGGUCAAGAAACCAACGGCAAUAGCCUGGGAGAUCUUGAUGAAUUCCUUGCGGUCGGCUGCAGACAAGUUAGCAAUUAUUGUCGAUGCUUGAGCUGCUGCACGAGUGACGACUGGGGUUGACUCGGUGUGUCUAGUCUAGAAUAAAUAGACAUUGGCACAAUCUCAAGAGCCAAUCCAUCGGUCCUGCGCAUAGCAAUUGGUCGCAUGGGACGUACGCUUCUGGCACUUGUUGAUGAACUGGACGCCGUCCUUGAUGAACUCCUUGGGGAGCUCGAUGAGGCUCUCAACUUGGUCGGCCAUUGUGAAAUAUCGGAGGGAUGUGUGUGAAGAGAGGGACUGGAAGAUGCGCGCGGCGGUAAGGAGCGGAACGAGUCUGGGGAGAUGGGCGUGGAUGAAGUCGAGGUUGUCGCGAGACUAAAUGAGGCCAGGAGAAGUGGAAAGGGUUCAACGUCGGUAUCGGGCCACGUCGCACCUCCCGCGCUGCCCGCCAGUGGGCUCUGUGGCCUCCAUUCCCCAGUCUCGUCACGUGACCUUGAAUUCUGUCCAGGGUCUACGGCUACCUUCUACAGGUUAGCUGGCUUGAUUUUCUUGUGUAUUUAAAAAUUAUUUAUUUUAU